AUGACAGAUAGAUUAAUUGGCCUUACGGGUCCCAGUUCGUUUGGAAGUUAUGUUGAUAAGCGCCCAUUCACACUGGCAACAGCAUUUCCCCUAACAAACACGACAUCAUCUGUUGUCACCACAAUGUCAACUAGAACUACAAUGUCCCAGGGUAGGGGUGAUAUUUGGCAUUCUCACAGGAGAGUUCCCUUACAAGGUUUCGGGGAAAACUGUAACUUAAACCCCUUUGCUGAAACAUUUGAGGUUAGGGACAACAGUUAUCAAGCACUAGGAAUAGGGGCCAGGCCUAAGUUGAGUAACCCUCUGUCAAAUGAAGGUAAUUUUAGAGAAAUACCUACAAAGUCAGUUAAUUUUGAGGCUGUGGAACAUGGCAAUCGGGGUACAUUUGAUAAUGACCUACAUAUGCAGGAUGUCUUUGGUGUAGUUGACACCCCGUUACAAGGACAGGAAUCGGUAGGGUUUGAGUGGGGUCCUAUCAUGCCGAGCGCUAUCCAGACUAGUACACCAAAGGUUGUAGAUAACCCGAUAGGAAAUGGCAAUACCGGAAAGGUAGAUGAAUUUCAUAAACUUCCGGAUAGGCUUCCGUCAGUAGGAAAUGUAACGCAGCCAUUCUCUCGACAUAGGAAACAAAAAGACCCUCAGACCUAUGAUGGGUCGACAGACUUCAAUGAUUACAUCAUACAUUUUGAGCAGGUUUCUAACUGGAACCAUUGGGGUAACUAUGAGAAAGCCCAGCAGCUAGCCAUGAGUCUUAGAGGGGCGGCACAGAAAAUUCUAGCUGACCUGACCAUGUCCCAGUUAGGCAAUUACGCGCAAAUUAAAGAUAUUUUAGCGGAAAGGUUCGCGCCUCCCGGGAGAGAAAAUGCCUAUAGGUGUCAGCUGAAAAACAGAUCUUACAAAGAGAAAGAAAGCAUAAACUCAUAUGGAUUAGAAUCGAGACGGCUUGCUGCGCUGUCAUUUCCGGAUAUGUCUCCGAAGGCUCGCGAAGUAAACAUCAUAGAUCAGUUCAUCCAUGGGCUCCGAAGCCACGAAAUGAAAAAGCAUGUUCAGUUCAAACAUCCAACUACUCUUGAGGCAGCUAUAACGCUGGCUAUUGAAUUCGAGGCUUUUGAAAACGAACAGGCUUUGACCAUCAAAAAGCCAAAAGCGUACGUUGACUCGAUUGAACAAGCACCGGUUUUAGGUGUAAAACACGAGGCAAAUAACAUGCAAGAUUUAGCUCAGUUGCUUUUGGACGGAUUAAAGGACAUCAAGGAAGAAUUUCAGAAAGCAAAUAGAGGCAGAAAUUCCUCUGGCUUUAACCGACAAGGUCGUGGCCGUGGAAAUGAUAGGAAUCGCGGGAACAGGCCUAUGAAUGGGACUUGUUUCAACUGUGGUGAGUCGGGACAUUAUGCGAGGGAGUGUCCAAAUCCGAGACGGAUAGAAAAUAGACAAGAAGCGACCGAACAAAAAAACUAG